UCCCAUGAACAAAGCCAAAACUAGGUCCGAAAGGGGAGAGGCCUCACAUAUCUCGUUUACCGACUGACUGGAAAUCUACAGGUUUUAUUCAGUUCAUUGUUAUUUGCCAUCAUGUCUUGGUGCACAAUAGAGUCUGACCCUGGUGUAUUUACAGAACUUAUACAACAAAUGCAAGUAAAGGGAGUGCAGGUGGAAGAGUUAUAUUCGUUGGAUUUCGAUGCUCUCAACAGUUUAAUGCCUGUAUAUGGGUUGAUAUUCCUUUUCAAAUGGAGGCCUGGAGAAAAAGAUGACAGACUUGUCGUUCAGGAUCCUAAUCCCAACUUAUUCUUCGCCAGCCAGGUAAUUAAUAACGCAUGUGCAACCCAAGCAAUCCUGUCGAUCCUUUUGAAUUGUCCAGAAGUUGUUGAAAUAGGACCUGAACUGUCUUCCCUAAAAGAAUUCACAAAAGGCUUCCCACCCGAUCUCAAAGGAUUGGCUAUAAACAACAGUGAAUCCAUUCGCACAGCUCAUAACAGUUUUGCGAGACCCGAGCCAUUUAUUCCAGAUGAGCAAAAGAUGGCUGAGAAAGAUGACGAUGUGUAUCAUUUCAUAAGCUAUAUACCUGUAGAUGGCAUACUUUAUGAGCUUGAUGGAUUGAAGGAAGGACCCAUUAGCCUUGGGCCGUGUGGGGGACAAGGAGAUACGGAUUGGUUGAAGAUUGUACAGCCAGUGAUUGAGAAAAGGAUAGAAAGGUACUCGACAAGUGAAAUAAGGUUUAAUCUAUUGGCUGUGAUAAAGAACAGGAAGGAAAUGUAUACGAGUGAACUGAAGGAGCUGCAGAGGAGGAGGGAGAGGAUAUUGCAGCAGCUGGCGGCGGUUCAGUCGGAGAGACUUGUGGAUACAAGCAACGCUGAAAGGCUUAAUAGAUCAAUUGAAGAAAUUAAUUUCGGGAUUGAGAGUGCGACGGAGAAGAUAGUGAUGGAAGAGGAGAAGUUUAACAAGUGGAGAAUUGAGAAUGUACGCAGGAAACACAAUUAUAUACCAUUUUUAUUUAACUUCCUGAAGAUUCUGGCUGAAAAGAAGCAGCUGAGACCUCUUAUUAACAAGGCUAAGCAGAAAACAAGUAAUACAAAAUAGCUGCACUAAAAUUUCACCAUCCACUCAACAACAUUUAAAGGUGCAAUUUCCCCUUUUUCAUUUGGAUCUCUCUUUCUUUAUGGAUUAGAUUAUAACUUUCACAUUUGUUUCAUGUUUUGAAUUUCUGGUUUAUUGUUUAAGUGACUUGCUUAUCUGACUAUAAUGGGCUAGUUUGAUUCUGGUUAUAAAUGCGAAUAAAUCUCGAUUAGCAAAUA